CGUUUUGAACAUGGAAGGACCGUUUGCUAACGAUCUUGCUGUGACGCAGGGCGUUGCUACUACAGCUGUGUUAGUUGGCGCCGUGAGAACUUUGUCUCUCCGUGAACGUGCUGUGGAAGCCAAGGAGCCUAGAUCUCCACGAUCAACUGAUUCAGGCGUCUCGGUACCAUCUCAAGAGAACUCUGCCGAGUUUGGACAGCCGACACCAAGCGUGACCACCUUCAGCACUUUGCCGGUGGAACAGCUGCGACUAGUAAAAAGCACGAGGAACUGGCGUAGCUCUGCUGCAGAGAUCGCUGUCGUUGCUAUCAGUUUGUUGGUUGUGUGGUGCAUGGUUGCAGCUGUCAGCGUGUUCUACGCCUUUCCUCAGCCUGUUGGAAAUAUGACAAACAAUGUGACAGAAAAUAGGACGCGCAACGGCAGCUGGAAUAUGACAGUAAAUUGGGCGUGCAAUUGCACGAACAGGACAGUAAAUUGGACAUGCAACGGCAGAAAUAUGACAGAAAAUUUGACAUUCAACGGCAGUCUUAAUGACUGUCAAGCUGACAAUGGAGGUGCUGCCGUGUGCUUAUUCACUAGUUUGGAGAAGCGGGCAAUAGAUGUAGCUCAUGGGCUAGAGGCAUGUCUUUCAAUCUUGAGUGUUGCGGGUGGAGCAACUACAUUGAUUAAAAUAAAGAAAAUGCGAUCUUUUCCACAUAUUAUACCGUUGUACAUGCUUCUGUCUGUUGUCAUUUAUGGUAGAUUCUACUUUUGUUUGGACAGAGACUGAUCUAGAUAAAUUGUUACUUGGGGCGCGUACGAUUGGGCUCUUCCAGCCUCUUCCAGAAGAGUCUGGAAGAGCACGCGCCUCUUCCAACCUCUACCAGCUCCUGCGCUGGUAGAGGUUGGAAGAGGGGCGUGCUCCUGCGCUGGUAUAGAGGUUGGAAGGGGCGCGUGCUCUUCCAACGAGCGAGAGUCGGUAGAGUUGGCUCUUUCGACUAUAGCGGCAGAACUGUAGAAGUUGGAAGAGAGGUAUGCAUACGGAGCCUCUUCUGGAAGAGGCUGGAAGAGCCCCAUUGAACGCGCCCUUGGUUUCUUCCGCCUAGGUUGUCUUGACGCGAUCAGUAUGAUUGUGGUUGCAGAACGAGCCUUCUGUGUCCCAUCUAAUCAAAUGAGCAACGCAGCGACAUCUGAUCAAUUUAGCAACACCUCAACGAAAUAUUGCAAAACUACGAGAGGUAUCGUCCAAUUUGUUGUAUUGUCUUCGAGUUUCUGGUGGAUGUUUGCUAUUGCUAACAUGUGGUGGGUGAUUUCUUUUCCAAGCAGAAGAGGACUAUUUACGGCCAAUGCGAGAAAAAUUCACAUUUUUCAGUCAGUUGUAGCUUGGGGACUUCCAUUGUUGUUGAUCGCUAUAGUAAGUUUGAACGACGGCUUUGAAGACAGACAACUGGGCAGCCACUGUUGGCUUUCUAUGAAUCAGUGGACUUACUUUUCUCUCUGGCUGCCUGAACAAAUUCUUAGUGGCAUGGCGAUGUCUUUCCUUAUUUGGAUUUGCUUCCAGUUACGGAAGAAGAUUAGACGACGGCGCGCUGUGAGCGUUUAUGCUAACAAUAAGAGCUUUGUUUCAUCAUUGGAGUUCGUGCAAUUGCGUGUGGUAAUGGUCAUGAUUGGCUUUGCAGUCUUGGUUAUCAGUGUUCUUGUUCGAUUAAUGCUGGCAUAUUACAACCACGAUGUAAUUGAGUACUCUGUUAAACGAUUUGUUUCGUCUUUUGGCGAUGAUACACAAGAUUAUCUAAGAGAUCUUCGCCGACAUCUUAUUGUUGAGCUCAUGGUGGUUGAGACCUACUUUUGGUCGAUUUUUCUCGUCGUCUUGCUACUGUUCAUGUGUUCUUAUAAAGAUGUUAGGGAUUUCUGGCUUCUGUUGUUGACGUGUGGUAUUUACCCUAACUCUCAAAUAGCGGUGACAGUCAACAGUACAAGUGUCCAGCAUUUGAAAAGUAACGGAAUUUGUCAUACUUCACGUACGGCUUUAACAGAAGAGACUACUCGUGUGUAACUGGGAUAACGUAGUCCAUAGUAUAUGCUAUAUAUAGCGCCUAGAAUUGCGUUGGCAGAACGUCUAAUUUCUACAUGGCGUCAUGUUAGUAUUUCAUAGUUAUAGAAAUGAUGUGGAGAUAGGUAUAGUAUUGAUAUUUGAUAAUCUUGUAGUACAGCAUAGUUCGGGUAUUGUUUGUCUCCAAUUUGAUUAACGUGUACUAUACGCAACAUAUGACGGCGUUCUGUUUUCUGAUUUGUAUGAUUUGGGCUGUACUGUACAUAAAUACAUGUACUAGGGUAUAUAUAGU